AAAAAAAAACAACAACAAAUCACCGUCUCCAAUUCUUCUUCACCAGCCACUGUUACAAUACUGUUUCACCAUAAAAAAUACAAUAGCAUACUCCUCUGUCAUACCUGUUUGGUGAGUUCUACUGAAACAUCUACUAAAAGAGAAGGCACACAAAAGGCUAAGAUCGUCUGUCUGUUGCUUCUUGCUGACAAGUUGUCUCAAAGGACACGAAAGGAUGCUUCGCUGGGUCUUGCUGGCUUUGCUCAUUGGUAGCUGUGCCAGUGCCGGAGAAGAGAAAAAAAAGAAACAGAAGACCGAGUCAUUGGCAAGAGGAUGGGGAGAUAGUAUUAAAUGGGUCAAAACUUAUAAAGAGGCCCUACAAAUGACGGUGAAGAGUAAGAAGCCUCUGAUGGUCAUCCAUCAUAAACUUGACUGCCCACACAGUAAAGCACUGAAGAAGGCAUUUGUUGCUGCUAAGUCCAUCCAGAAAAUGGCCAAGGAGGAUUUCAUUAUGCUUAACACGGUGACAGAGACUGGGGAUAAGAAUCUGGCACCUGAUGGCUAUUAUGUUCCCAGGAUCAUUUUUGUUGAUCCGUCUAAGACUGUGCGCACAGACAUUAGAGGAAGGUACUCAAACCACCGCUACACCUACCAGGCUGCUGACCUGCCACUAUUGGCCAAAAACAUGGAGACAGCUAAAGUCCUGCUGCAUCCGGAACUCUAGCGUGACUCA